AUGAUGAGAAUUAAGAAUGAUGAUAUUAAAUCAAUUGGAGACAAAAAUAAUGGAAGUGUCUCUGCAGGAGUUAAUGGAGAAAAGAGUGUAGAGGAUUCAUUUGAGAGAUACUAUAAUAAAGAUCUAGACCUUGAUGAAGGUAAUUCUUAAACUCUCAAUAAUUUCUUAAAGAUUAGGUACCGAUCCUUAAACGAUGUUGGACCAAAUUCAGGCAGAUUAGAACCCGAAAGAUUAGUUUAUUUUCCUUCUUACUAUUCAUAAUAUGGCCUUAUGUUAUCAAAAGUAAUGAUUUCUAGCUGCAAUUUAAAUAAUCACAAUUUAAAAUAUAGACUUGGAAUCCUUGAAGAAUGUGCGAUAUGCUUGGAGACCUGUCUAAAUACUUUGCAGUCUCCAUAUAUUUAGAUGUACUUUAAUAAUCCAUACAACCCAGCACUAAAACUCAAGAUGCUUAAAUAUAAGUGCAAGACUCAUAUGCAGAUUUGCGCCCUACUUUCAUAAGUUCAUAAACAUAAAGAAGCAGUUAUGCAUGCAAUUGAAGGAAUAAAAAUUGCCCAUUUUCUUGUCAAGGACAUGACUGAGAUGACCUAAGUGUAUAAUAAUGAGCUAUUGUAAAGAAAACCUCUAGAAGAAAUAAGCAUUAUUAAUAACCCAAAAUUUUCCCUUUUAGAAAAGACAAGUGUUAAACUUCUUCCGAUUUUGAAAGAACUGAAAAGAAGAAUGGCAAUAGAAGAGGAGUAGGCUUCUCCUAAGCACAGAGGUAAAGAAAAUGAAAAACGUAAAAGCCAACAAAAUAGCAAGCUAUCCACUUCAAAUAAUAAAGAGAAUCUCAGUGAAUCCUAAGAUGUGGAUAUGAAAAAUUUAUUAGGUUAUUUAAACUAGUCAGAAUGGAUUUAUAGUUUAAAUAUUGGUAAUAUUAUGUAAAUUGCUCCCCUAACAAUGCAAGACUUUAUGAGUUCUUCGUCGAUAGAAAUGGAAUUAUCCAGAGAGUAUGUUCUUGAAAAGUUUUGCUUUCUUGCUGUUUCUUAUUUCUGUAUGGGCACUGAGUAUAGAUUCUUGCACUAGCUUUAAGAGAUGCUAGGGGAAUAGAUAUAUUCAAGAAGAGAUUCUGAAUAUUGGCAUGGUAAGGCAGUAGAAAUUGCAAUAUCAUUUUUGCCAAGUGAAAGUCCUUUGGUAUCUCACAUAUUAAUGAGCUAUGAAAAGCACCAUUCACCUUCUAACUAAUCAAUAGUAUAAAUAUUUUAAGUUUAUCAUUCUUAGCCAGAGGAUGAAUAGCAGGAAAUACAAGUCAAGGUAAUAAGAUAGGUCAAAGGCAUUGAUUCAAACAAGAUCUAGCCAAUUAUCAGACAUCAUAAUGAUAGAGAUUUUAGAGUAACAUAUGUUGACAUAGACUCUCUUGAUUAUUCAAAAAUAUUAUUCAGUCCUUACAACCUCAUAAAAAAAUCAAAUACAAACACAAAUAUGUCCUGGGAGUAAAAUGACAGCUAAGUUACAGAUUUAAAUUAUGAUGUUGAGGUAAAUCUCGAUUAAAGACGAAGAAAAAGUAAUUAAGAGGGUAGACUUAGUAAAUCAUAAGAGAAGAAGAAUAUUUUGAGUGGUAAAAAAUAGUAAAAUCAUAGCAGAAAAAAUCUUAAGCACAAAAAUAAUAAUAGUAUAAUGAACGAGGAAGAAAAUUCAGAAUAUGGAGAUGAAGAUGAUAGAGGAUCAUAAAAUAAUGAUUAGAAUAACGGCUAAUAUUUUGCUUAAGGUAAAGAUCUCAGGAAAGGGCAAUACUAUACUAUUGCUGAUGAAAAUAAUUUAAGAACUGGCAGUAUUGAAUCAUUAGAGGGUGAUGGUCAUUCUUAAGGUUAUAAAAAUAAUCGAAAAGUAAAAAAAGGAGGACAAGUUGGGCAAUAAAUUGCCUUAAUAGAUUAAGAAUAAUUUAGCAAUCAACAAAACAUUCAUGAGGACUCAAUUUUAAAUUAAAGCACCGCAUAAUUGAUAGAAGAAAGACGAGCUAAAAGUUCUUUAGGGGAGAACUCGGCAACAAGACUUAGAACCAAAGUUACUGGAGCAUAGAAAGUAUAGGGAAAUUAGAUGCUUUUGUAGUAACUAAGAGGCAAUUCCUCGAGUGCAAUGGCUAGACUUCACCCUUCUUAAUAAAACAAUCUUUAAAAUACCUAAAAUAAUCAGUAAUAGCCCUCUAUAUCGAACAAUCCAAGCACCAUGUUAAGAAAUGUAACUUCAGUUUCUAGUGGCAUCGAGGAAUCGCAAGUUAAAGGUUAAAUUGUCAAAAAUAAAUCUAACUUAGAUAGCUCUAUAUUAACUAAUGAAGACACUAUUGAUAUGGAGAAUAAUAGAGCCAGAGUAAUGAGAACUUAAAUUUUGCAAGGAGGAAGUGGUAAUCCAAAGAGACGUUUCAAAAAUAACUAAGUAAAUCCUAUAGGUACUUAGGACUUAAAUGUUAGCCUUGAGGGUUCAUAAAACUCAGCAAUGUAGAAUGCUUAAGCUGCAGUGAUGUAACAGAAAAAAAGAAAUGAAAAUCGAAGGUAGAAUAGUACUUCUAGAGAAAAGGCAACUCCAAACAGAUAAAAUAUUGCUCCAAUAACUGAUAUUAGGUAAAAGAAGAGCCAGACAAUCAAUGUAGAUGAUUUACCAUAGGAUCAAUUCUUGCAAAAUAAGAAAUUCAUUGAUAACUCUUCUAUUCCUAAUAAUGCAGUUAACCAACCCAGAUAAAAUACAAGUUAAAGGAUGAGACAAACACCUGGUUAGAGAUAAAAUAAUAAUGAAAUAUAAAAUGAAUUGCUAAAUUCAUCACUUGAGAGAGAUCUUUAAUUCGUCUCUAAGCUAAACCAAUCAGCAAUUGCUAAUCAUAACAUAUCUCUUAAUAGUAGUCUUAUCCAGCACUAGCCUUCCCUUGUGAAUAACCAAUCCAAAAGAGGAGCUAAUGGUCAACCUAAGUCGAGCUCUAAAGGAAGAACACCUACUGACACCACAAAGUAGAAAUAUUUCUAAUAUUAGCAAAUGUAGUAGCAAUUGAUGAAUUUCGUUGGAAAUCCCUAAACUACUGAAGGAAUUCUUAAUAUGAUAAAGAAGAGGGAGAAGCUAAACAAUAGUGCUCUAGGUACAUCAACUUCAAAACAAUCUCAAUAAGUUGAACUAGGUGGAAUGGGAAACCAAAGUUAAAUAGUCUCAUAGAUAAAUAAACUAUACUCUUAAAAACGGACUCCAACUGCAAAUGCUGGCUAAUUGGUGCAAUAAGUCUAAAAUUAAUAAUCUACAGGAGGAAUGAAUAAUAUAAAAAUGGGAUCUGCUGGCAAAAACAUGGAUAAGGCAGGAAAUCCAGCAAAGCUUGCUGCAUUUACCUAAGACAAUUGGAAUACUGCGGGGAUUUCAGGUAUUGAGCUGUCAAAAAUGAUUUAAAUAGACAACAUGAAAAAGGCUUCUUCUUAAUCUCGAAAAGGAUCCUCAAAAGAAGCCAAUAAAUAAGCCAACUUAAAUAACAGCAAUUUAAUUUUCGGAAACAUAAUGAACGAUGAUGAUGAUUUUAUACCAACCAAUAAAAAGCAAGCAGCUCCAGCUUUUAUAUAGUCUCACACAUAAUAUGAGAACUGGAUGAACUAUCAAAGUUAAAAGGUAAAAUAAAAUCAAUAGAUAGGUAACUUAGGAGCUCCAAAUAUAAACCAAAAUAACACUGCUAUCAGUAGCAAUAAUAGUAGAUUCUGA